GGAGUAUUCUCUGCAUCAUCUUGUGGACGAAACCACCUUCGGUCAGCCGCUCUCUGGACUUUCACCCGCCGACCUCCGCAGGGCCCACCACCUCUGUACUUCUGUCGAAUCCUAUCCUCGAGCACACAACCACCGGCAAACUGCGCAGAAGGUGCUCAGUAGUGACAGUUUGACACGUAAGUCUUAUUGGCAUAGUAGGUAUCAGUGCCAGAGCUUGGCAGGACAUGGGACUGAGGCAGCUACUACGGACUUGAACAUCAGAAGCGCCUGCCAGUGAAGGCGGUGGACAGGCACUCUGAGCAUUCACUGCACAAAUUUCGCACCACGUUCAAGCGUAGCCGCUCUGGCUCCACCCACAAUGAUCGUGGCGCCCACUUUGGACAUGGCACAAGACGGGUUCUCUUUAGGAGGAGGCACCACUCGUCCCGCCACACCACCAACAAACACCGAACAAGCCUCCGAAAAUACCCCCCUUUCUCACCCCACGACCCUACCAAAUCUUCAAGGUCCAAAGCGAAGCUAUUGCAGCCACGAUGAUCACCCAGGUGUGCCUUACGAACUAAUUAUCAAGGCCCUCUCCUCUCAUUUCGACUCCCUCUGGGACUCCUAUCACGAGCCGAAGGAAGAUGACUAUGAGAGCGACGACGAGAACGACAUGCCAGUGGAAUACGACGACUUCGAAUCGGCGUUCCGCUUGGGAGACAUCGUCCGUGUCGAAAGCGACACAACAAAUGCAUGGGCUGAGCAUAUUCCUGGGCUCGAUGGGUACUAUUCGAAGCAAGCAUUCAAGAUCAUUGGAAAGUCGUUGAUAGUCGGUGCUUGGUGGAUGAAAAAGCUGGAAAUGCAGAACAGUGAAGCUCGCGCUCUCUAUUUCCGCGAUAACGAGGGAACGUUCAUGGAGGCCGAUGAAAUGGACGAUCAUGCACUCUCGCGUCUCCGUGCAAGUGAAGGGGAACCCAUUGCCGAAGGAGAGUCAGAGACAGCAACAGCAGAGAAAGAAGCAUGGGAAACGGACUGCUGGAUGUACAAAGUUGAGCCAGUCGAACCUGUUCAGGGCUUUCCAGUCGCCGAUGUCAUGUUGUGGAAGGAAGAUAACCUCAUGCUCGACGUUGAGGCUAUGGACCACGACGACGGUGAUGAUCAUCUCGGCGACGACCAACAACACGAUGCUGAGGGCGCCGAUAAUGCCGUGCUCGACUAGUAAGUUUGUGAGGUUUCUUGUGAGGUUUCUUAGGAGGUUUUCUGGUGAGAUGGACAUCGGCUCUCCGCAGCAUUAAUGGGACGGAUAGUUGUGGAGCGUGUCAAAUUGCAAAGGUGAUGUGAUGAUGUCAGUCAACGUCAUGAGAAAGGCUGAGCGACGCCGACAGCGAAAGCACGUCAAAGUCUUGAGCUGGGGUAUAUCUGGCAGUAAUCAUCAAAACAUGCUGUCGAUAUCCGUAUCGUUCCUCCAAUAACACAAGAGAAGAAAAUCGAAAUUGAAACCCUCGA